UGGAUCGCACAGCCCGCCAGCUCUCGUCCACUUUCUCUCUUUAUACCUCUCACUCUCUCUGCUGUCUCUUCUCUUUUAUCUCUCUCUCUUUCUCUCUCUUUCUGUCUCUUUCUGUCCUCCACUUGUCUCCGGCCGCCAGACGCUUGCAGGCUCGCCGCUCUCUCUUCCUUCAACUACUGAGGAUUCAGAAGCACUCGGGACGAAGACCCUGUCACUGGAGCCAAGAUGGCAAUGAGCAGCAUCCUCAACGCUGAUGACAUCAAGAAAGCCCUAGAUGCAUUUGCAGUUGCUGACUCCUUUGACCACAGGAAGUUUUUCACGAUGGUGGGUCUGAAGGCCAAGUCUUUUGACGAAGUGAAGAAGGUCUUCAAGGUGCUGGACGCCGACAACAGCGGCUUCAUAGAGGAGGAGGAGCUCAAAUUUGUCCUGAAGGGUUUCGCCAAAGAUGGCAGGGACCUGACAGACAAGGAAACCAAAGAAUUUUUAACAGCAGCCGACAAGGACGGAGACGGAAAGAUUGGAGUCGAGGAGUUUGCGGCCCUGGUGAAAGAAUAAACGGUCACCUCUUGUGACUGCCUCGCACUCCAAGAUCACCUCCCAACUAUCGCUACAUCCGGACACCUGCUGGCCCCCUCUCCCUCCCUAGCACCUACAGCACACCACCCACCCUGACACCCAGCCCUCCAGACUGCAGCUUAUUCCUGCUACACACACUCCUCUCCCUCACCCUCUCCCCCACUGCUAUCUUCACUUAGUGUGAUCCUGCACUAUAAGAAGUAAGCUGUGGUGUGCCAUUCCCUCACACACACACAUACACACACCUCUUGAAAUGUCCCGACUGCUAUAUCCAUCCUAUUUAUUUUAUCCUUUUUAUACAAACUGUUCUUGUUUCUGUUAAUGUAUAGAUAUAAAACAUGCCUGCAGGAAUAAACCUCACAUUUUAAAGCAUAAAGUAGAUAUUUAAAGAAAAUAGAGAUUAUAAGAGAAAGACCCUCUUUCUUUUUCUUUGCCAACACUUUCUCUCCCACUUUCCCUUUCUUUCUUUCUUUCUUUCUCCCUUUUUCUCUUCUCUCGUCGAUUUCACUCCUGGCACUGUUGCCUUCCUGCAUUCGCUCCCCUCCUUCCCUUCUUCUGUCACCAUCACCCCCUCCAUCCAUCCAUCUAUCUAUCUAUCCAUCCCUUUCUCCUCUGGUAAUGAGCUGUUGUAAAACAUACCAAAAGAAGAAAGAGGUCAAGCUGUGAAAGAAUAAAAUAAAAUGAGAAAACAACAACGCCUCGAGAACA